AUGGUACCAGGUCUAAAAUCUAUGGUAGUACUUCUGGUCGGGGUUGAAAGUGCAGCCGUUAAAGAUGGAAAAGACCGUGAAGCUCAAACAGGAGCAUCUAAAGUUUUCACACCAGCAUCUGAUGCCUCAAACUUCUUCAAACGCCGCAGUCGCAGAUCCCCAAGAACUUAUGAAGAGUACUAUGCGGAGCAGAGAGUGAAGAUGGCUACAAACGAGCGAAGGAGAGAGCACUUAGAGGAACAAAACAACGAAUACGAGAACUAUUUAGAGGAGGAGCGCGAUGAACAGUACGAGAGAACCAGAGGGAAGAAUGAGCAGUGGAGAGAAUUCCACUAUGAUGGGCAAUACCCACGAUACCCUCACCACCGCCACUAUGUCUGAGCACAUAUGAGCACAUGCAGUGCCUUGGAAAGUGGAUAACCAUCAUUUGGGGGAUACUUUCAUAACACAAUAUAAUUAUUCAUUAGCACUUACAGAUUACCUGCUCUUAAUACAUGUAUAAUAAAAGGGUUCGUGUUUGGAAUGUGACAAUUUUCCCCUCUGUUCUAAUUGCUUAUCUUUACUCUAUUAUUGGAUUCUUUAUCAACACAUUCAUGAUUAGUUUGUGAUUUUAAGCUUUUUUCAAAGAGACUCCUUAUUUUCUUCUUCAGUAAUCAGCUGUCACCUGACCUCCCUUU